UGAUUGUGUGAUAUUAUUCAUACAAUUCAUUGCAAACAUAAUGUUAUAAAACAAACAUUAAAUGAUUUGAUAAACAUUUGUAACAUUUGUGACAAAACUUGAAUUUAAACGACAAGUGAUUUGAUUUAAUAAUAGUUGACUUUUAAGUGUAUGAAUAGUUAGCAGCAAUGGGUCGCCGAUCAAUAAAUACGACAAAAAGCGGUAAAUAUAUGAACCCGACUGACCAACACCGCAAAGAGGCCCGAAAAAGGGAACUCAGAAAGAACAAAAAACAACGAUUGAUUGUACGGACGGCUGUCCUCAAAGGCAAAGACCCGUUUCAGAUCAUUGCCGACUUAGAAAGGUUGGAUCAAAUGGAGUACAACGUGACGACACCGCCGCCGCUCAAUGAAAAGGUCUUAAAAGAUAAACGAAGAAAAAUGAAAGAAACGUGGGAUCGACUCUUAAGACUUUAUUGUAAAGACGAUCAGCAAAGGUUUGUUGAACUGAAGAGAAUGGAAGCGGAAUACGAAUCAAAGCGGAACCAAAUGAUUAAAUUUUAUGAAUCAGUCAAAUCAGCUCAAGAAGUAUCUAUUGAUGACAUUCCUUUACCAUCGGCUCCAAUGGAACCAUCUUUGGCUACUACUUCAGUUCCAAUGACGUCAAUUGAACCAAUGUUACCGCAAUCGAUACUUAAGAGAUCAAAUGUUUUAACGAUGCAAUCCGUACAUAAAACGCCUCCUGGAGUACCUCCCGGUCCGCCACCAGUUUUCAGUGAUUAUGAAGACAAUGACGACGAUGACGAUAUAGAAAGUGAAGAUGAAAUGGAUAAUAAUAAAAGAAUACGAUUUAGUGAUGAAAUGCAAACAAAUGAAAAGGACUCAGAAGUUAAUGACUUUCUUAAAGAAUUAGAACAAAUUGAGAAACCUGUUAACAAUAGUGAUAGUGUGUCUCAAACUAUACAAUCUAUUCAAUCAUUGCCUGCAAUGGUAGCCCAUCAAACACAGGGCGCUGCUAUACCUCCGCCACCAUCUCUUCUAACAAACGUGACAUCAGCACCACCUCAGCCUCGAAUGUUUGCACCACUUUUUAGACCUCCAAUUCCUCAUCCAUCAGCUCAACCACCAAAUAUGACCGGUUUAUUAGUCAACAAACCACAUAUGUCAGCACCAAUGCCUGGUCCACCUCUAGCUAACUCAAUGAGACCAGGGUUACCACCGCGAAUGAUAAAUUCAAGACCAGUGAUGCAACCGAUGCGACCAAUGCCAGUGCAAACAACACCUUUUCCAUCGGCACCGAUGACAACAAAACGUGAUGAUAAAAAAACACACAUUGUUUCCGAUAGAGCGACCAUUGAAGCCAAACCUCAACUGAGAAAUCUUAGUGCAGAUGCGACAAGAUUUACACCGGUGGCACUUCGGGUCAAACGGGAUGAUAAACAUUUCAAGAAACCAAAUCCAAAAAUUGGUUUUAGCGAAAUGAAGAAGUAUUCAUCUAUUAGUGAUAAGACUGGUCUGAACGCACCGACAAAAGGUGACGCUUACGACCAGUUUAUGAAAGAAAUGGAAAAUCUAUUGUAAAAAGAGUUGACCACUAAAUCGGAUCUCAAUUUAUAAGACAAAUCAAAGACAAAAAAUAUUUAUUAAAGUUAUAAUAUAUUUGAAGCCAACAACAGAUGUCGCUCUCAAUGUGUUUACUGG